GGGAAAUGAAUGACGAGGAAGCAAUUGCUAUAGUUGGUAUAGGCUGUAGAUUUCCCGGAGCAGACAAUGCUGAGGAAUUCUGGCGCGUGCUUGUUAACGGUGAAAACCAUGUGAAAGAGAUACCAAAGGACAGAUGGAACAACGAAGCCUUCUACAAUGAAGAUAAAGAUGCCGUGGGGAAGAGCUAUGUUACAAAGGCAGGUCUUCUUAAGGACCAUGAUAUGUGGGACAACAAGCUAUUUGGAGUGAGUGAUGUUGAAGCAGCAAGAAUCGACCCGCAGCAAAGAUACGUUCUUGAAUGUGUCCACAUGGCUAUGGAGGAUGGGGGCUUCACAAGAACCAAGAUGAGCGGGACACAGACUGGCGUUUUUAUAGGUUGCAUGAACGACGAUUACAAGAUAAUGAGCUCACAAGACCCAUCAGGCACCACAAACUACAGCGCAACUGGUACGUCCACCACAGUAAUAUCUGCCAGAGUGUCUUACGUGUUCAACCUACAAGGGCCUUGUUUAACCGUAGAUACGGCCUGCUCCUCUGCAAUGAUGGCUAUUCACCUUGCAUGCCAGGCUAUAAGAUCAGGUGAUUGCUCUCAGGCUAUUUGCGGUGGAGUUAGCAGCAUCAUGUAUCCAGACGUGUUCAUAACAUUAAGUAAAGCCAGAAUGAUGUCAGCAGAUGGUAAGUGCCAGACCUUCUGUGAUACAGCCGACGGAUAUGCCAGAGGAGAAGGGUGCGGUGUGGUUAUUCUAAAGUCACUUAAACAGGCACUACAAGACCAUGACAAAGUAUGGGGAGUCAUAGUGACAGGCACAAAUCAAGACGGUAGAGCUUCACAACCCAUUACUGCGCCAUCUGGAAGCCAACAGAAGGCUUUGCUUAAGCACGUUUACACCAAAUACGACAUCGAUCCAUCAACUGUUCAGUACAUAGAGGCUCACGGAACUGGAACACCCAUCGGUGACCCUACGGAGACAAAUGCAUUAGGAUCGUUCUUUUCAGAAUGUCGAAGUCAAAAAGCAAAUCCUCUAUUAAUAGGAUCAGUAAAAACAAAUAUUGGCCACACUGAAUCCGCUGCAGGGGUAGCUGGUCUUAUCAAAGUACUCCUAAUGAUGAAGGAAGGGCAAUUUGUUCCAUCGCUUCAUCUUCAACGCGAUAAAGGGAAUAUCAACAAGGGAAUAAAACUUGAGAAACUCAACAUUGACAUUCCCGUUGAUGUGUCAGAAUGGAAAGCAAACGAAAUGGGACAACGUGUUGCUUGCGUUAAUUCGUUUGGGUUCGGAGGCUCAAAUUGUCAUGCUGUUGUUAAGAGUUCUGAGAUGCAUGGAAGUAAUUGUUCGAGUGCAGACACCACUCCACUUUUAUUCGGUAUAUCCGGAAUUGACAGGAAAUCACUUGAAAUCAAUUUAGAAGAAUUCAUCAAAAACAUUUCUGAAAGGAAAGUUGACCUCAAAGAUGUCUCAUACACUUCUCUAAUACGGAGAGAACAUUUCCUAUAUCGCACAAUUGUUGCAGGCUCAACAGUCGAGGAAAUUAAAAAAGAUGCACAUCGCAAAAUAACAAUGCCCCCACAACGAAAACAUACAAAUAUUAAUAUUGUGUUUGUCUUCUGUGGCGUUGGAACGACAUGGACUGGCAUGGGAUGCCAAUUUAUGACAAACUUGAAAUUCAGAAAAACAGUUCAAGAAAUCGAUGAGUUUCUACAACCUCUCGCGGACCUACGACUUACCGACCUGUUUAGCAGCCAGGAAACGCAAUACGACGAUCCAUUUCUCAAUCACGUUGCAAUUUUUGCUGUUCAGGUUGCUCUUGCAAAUGUAUGGAUAGACUUUGGAGUAGAACCAGACGUCAUUAUUGGCCAGUCCGUUGGAGAAGUCGCAGCGGCUCAUAUUUCUGGGCGCAUUGAAUUGGAAGAAGCUGUACGAGUCAUAGUUCAUCGAUCUAAGAUACUAGCCAAACAUCAAAAUGGAUCAAUGAUGGUGGUCAAAGGAGUAGAUAUGAAUGAUUUAGAGACGAUUUGCACACACCACAUCAAUACCAGUAUUGCUGUUUACAGUAGUCCCGUUGGUUGCACAUUGUCGGGCGACAGUUCAGAAAUAGAAGUCAUUAAGACACGUUUAGAGAAAUACAAGGCUACAGAAACAAACAGAAAUAUUUUGAUUAGAAAGCUUGGCGUUGCAACUGCAUAUCACAGCCCUUUGGUUGAAUCUUGCAGAGAAGAAAUCAUCGAAACGAUUGGUAAAAUACAACACAGACAAAAAAUCAAAUAUAACAUCAUUUCGACCGUGACGGCAGAAGUUGCUUCGGAUACAGAUUUCACAACAGGCGAGUACUGGGCCAAGAAUGUCCGACAACCUGUUUUGUUUUAUCAGAGUGUAAAACGAGCUGCAUCAAAUACAAAACAUAACAUCUUUCUUGAAAUUGGACCAAAGCCGGUGCUCAAAGCUCAUCUUGCAGAUAUUUUCGAGGAAGGAUCGUUUAAUUGUCAACAGUCAAUGAACUUCAACAAAGAAUUCUCAUGCAUGUUUGACUCGUUGUCGAAUCUUUUCCAGACUGGGGUUGAACUAAAUUGGAUGAAUUUGUUUUCUGGAUGGAGAAGCCCAAUCUCUAUACCGAAAUACAUCUUUCAAAAAUCAAAAACAUUGCAUGUGUCUGAAAAAAUGAAACAGUAUGUUGAAGGUAUAAAAUCCGACGGAAAUACUUCACAUAUGUUCAUGACAUCAAUGUUAAACGGAACAGAAACAAAAUUUGAAGCUCAUCUUUCAAAUUCAAGGACACCAUUUGUCUUUGAACAUCGCAUGUCAGGUACAAUUUUGGUACCUGGGGCAACAUACAUCGAUGCUGCACUUUUCGUUGGAAUGAAUGUUCUGGGAAAAAGUGCAUUUAGUUUGUCAGUUUCAGUUGACUUUGUCAACCCUGUAACAUUACAACCAAACGAUGAAUCUAUUCUUGACAUUUCAACAAGUAUAGAAAAAGGGUCAAUUGUCCAUUUCCGGUGCCGAAACAAAAUGGGGGUUGUUGUUGCAAAGGGAAAAGUAUUUCCUAGAGAGACGAAGGGAACGAAACAAGUACAGCUUCAAUCCCUCUUCAACAAAUGCCAAAAAGUGAAGGACAAAAGUUCAGUUUAUCAAGCGCUGAGAGGUUUGCAGUUUGAAUAUGGCCCCUCACUUGCUUUGAUUGAAAAAUCAUGGUGCUCUGCUACUGAAUGUAUUUCUGAAAUUUUCAUCCCAGCCAAUAUUGCAAGAGAAGUACAAAAGACCAUUAUUCAUCCUGCAAUUGUUGAUGCAAUGUUUCAGACUUUUGCAAAUUUUAUCAAUGAAAACCUUGAUAUUGCUUUGCCAAAGGGCAGUGAAAGAAUCACCUUGUUUGGGCCAAUCGAUCCAGAAGAGACAACGUUAUACGUGUACGUGAAGUUAGUAAGUCAAACUUACAACGAGUAUCACUUCAAUCUAGUCUUAGUCAAUCCUGGAGGAUCUGUUUUACUAGAGAUUCUAGACUUUUACACACGCACACUAGAGGAAAGCACCAAAUACAAACAUACCUACAUUGUCGGAAAGACGUCUCUUGACGUUUCUAGAACUACAGAACAAAGAGGAGGCAUGUUUUAUUCCACAAAGCCGCUGGAUAAUAAAACAUGGUUUUCAAAGUUUGUUGAAACUCAAGGAAUUCUUUGCAUAGAAGAAACUGAAAGCACUAUCGAACAGCAAAGCAAUCUUAAACCAUCAGCAGCUCUUUUUUACGCCAACCAGCCGGUUGUUGCGCAAGACAAUCUCUCAUCUUCUGCUGCUAGAGGAUUCUUUAGAUUCCGAGAGUUUCUUGGUUGGUGUCAGAAGAACGAACUGCAAUGCCCUAUAUACGUCAUCACAGAUAACACUCAAGACCAUUUCUACAAAACUCAAACUUGUGUGAAUGUAGAAGGCAGCCACAUGUGGGGAUUGGUACGUGCCUUACGCCACGAAAAAGUUCAUUUGGAUCUCCGCUUAGUUGAUGUCGAUGAAAACGAUUUGGAUUUAGACACGUUGAUUACCGUGUUUAGGUCAAGGGAUAGUGCAAACGCAGAACUGAUUGUAUCUGGAACCUCUGUGUACCAUAUCAGCAUUUCCCGUGUUCACCUUAACAACAUAGGCAGAACAAGAGAAAUAUCAAAGGACUUGGAAUCAAGUGCAUGUUUUCUAUCGAAAUCACUUGAACAUGUCAAAGAACCAUUUCUAGCUGAUACAAAGCUCCAGGAUGCACCAGCACAGGAUAUUAAUGCAUCAAGGGUUGCGAUAACAUCAAUGUGCCUUCAUCCUUUGACGACAUUUUUCCAAACGAUUGGAAUAGAUAUUCACGAAAUUUGGCCUGACAUAAUUUUUCAAAGCCACACUGUUAUAGCCUUAGAAGGAAAAGGGCUCUUGAAAGAAACCGAUUCCCAUGAUAUCGAGAUAGGUUUCUUAUACCCUGUUCCAGUUCAAUAUCCAAUUGUUCACAUACCGAAAGAAUGUACUUGGCCUUUGUCAAAAUAUUCCCCGACACCUGGUGUUUUACUUCAUGCCAUCCUGCUAGAAAAGAUUAUCCAAAACAUCCAAGACGGAUCCCACGUCCUUUUGUUUGGAAAUUCAACUAUGAAUGGGCAAUGUGUUAAAGACGUUUUUGUUCAAAUGAGUGCAACGAAAUCAUGUGAAAUCGAAUUUGUUGAUAUAAAGAGCGUCGAACAUAUUCAAAGCAGUAAGGUUGGUAAAACUAUUGUUCCUCUCGUACGAUUUUCAUCAAUUGACAUCGACAAAGUCAUUAACAAAUGCAAAAACAAAACAAGCAUCGUGGCUUUAUCAGGAAAUGUAUCCGUCAAUCUCCAGGCGUAUAUUCGGAUGACUUAUCCAACAGUGGCCCUUGUUGUAGUUUCUCCAGCAGACAUUUUCGUUGCGCAAGGAUUGCGUAAAUGUGUUCAAUCCACAUUGCAAAACAUUUCAAGAAACGGUUUGGAAUCCAAUACAGACAUAGCCAAUAUGUUUGAAAACGUCCGUUGUACAAACACUUGA